UCUGUGGGGCUGCAGCUGGAGACCGCGGAGCGUUGGAAAUGACGCUCGGAGCUUUAAUUACCGCAGCCGCCGGACAAGUGUGAGGAAAGCUGACAGGAAAAAGGACAGGAUCGGGGGAGAAGCGAGAAGCUACCCCCCCUUCCCCUCCCAAUUUGGACUGGAGGUGCAAGGAAACUGAAAAGGGAGCCGAACAUAGCCCGGCUGGGGCGGGGAGAGCCGGAAACCUACCGCCUCUUUGCAAUCAACUUUUUUUGGAAACCUUUUUCCCCCUUCCUUUUUAUUGUUGACCAACCAGUGAGCGAAAGUCAGGAGGGAGCGAGAAAGCGAAGGCUCAUACAGGGAAAUAGCUGCACAGUCCGGCCCGGAGCACCACGCGCACACACUCGAGCACACUCCCACACAAGCGCGCACCCUCACCCCCUCCUCCGGUCCCCGGCCCUGGACCCGCCGGCGCGGACUCGGGCGCCGGUGCUCGGAGCCGGUGCACCGCGCACGUCGCGCGCCAGUCCCCCUCGCGCCCCGAAGCGCGCCUGGCCGAGGGAUCUCGUCCGCGUGCCCGAAAGGGGAUAUGCCAUUUGGACAUGUAAUGGUCAGCAAGGGAUCUGAGACUUCCAAAAAAUGAAGCUGGCGACAGGACUGUGGGUCUGGGUGAGCCUUCUCCUGGCGGCGGGGACCGUCCAGCCCAACGCUUCUCAGUCAGUGUGUGCAGGGACAGAGAACAAGCUGAGCUCUCUCUCUGACCUGGAGCAGCAGUAUCGAGCCUUGCGCAAAUACUAUGAGAACUGUGAGGUGGUCAUGGGCAACCUGGAGAUAACCAGCAUCGAGCACAACCGGGACCUCUCCUUUCUGCGGUCUAUUCGAGAAGUUACAGGCUACGUGUUAGUGGCUCUUAAUCAGUUUCGCUACCUGCCUCUGGAGAAUUUACGCAUUAUCCGUGGAACAAAACUUUAUGAGGAUCGAUAUGCCUUGGCAGUAUUUUUAAACUACAGAAAAGAUGGGAACUUUGGACUUCAAGAACUUGGACUAAAGAACUUGACAGAAAUCCUUAAUGGUGGAGUCUAUGUAGACCAGAACAAAUUUCUUUGUUACACAGACACAAUUCAUUGGCAAGAUAUUGUUCGGAAUCCGUGGCCUUCCAACUUGACUCUCGUGUCAACAAACGGUAGCUCAGGAUGUGGACGUUGCCAUAAGUCCUGUACUGGCCGAUGCUGGGGACCCACAGAAAAUCAUUGCCAGACCUUGACAAGGACGGUGUGUGCAGAACAGUGUGACGGCAGGUGCUAUGGACCCUAUGUCAGUGACUGCUGUCAUAGAGAAUGUGCUGGAGGUUGCUCAGGACCAAAAGACACCGACUGCUUUGCCUGCAUGAAUUUCAAUGACAGUGGAGCGUGUGUUACUCAAUGUCCCCAAACUUUUGUCUACAAUCCAACCACCUUUCAGCUGGAACAUAACUUCAAUGCAAAGUAUACAUAUGGAGCAUUUUGUGUCAAGAAAUGCCCACAUAACUUUGUGGUGGAUUCCAGUUCUUGUGUGCGUGCCUGCCCUAGUUCCAAGAUGGAAGUAGAAGAAAAUGGGAUUAAAAUGUGUAAACCUUGCACUGAUAUUUGCCCAAAAGCUUGUGAUGGCAUUGGCACAGGAUCACUGAUGUCAGCUCAGACCGUGGAUUCCAGUAACAUUGACAAAUUCAUAAACUGCACCAAAAUCAAUGGGAAUUUGAUCUUCCUUGUCACUGGUAUUCAUGGGGACCCUUACAAUGCAAUUGAAGCCAUAGACCCAGAGAAACUGAAUGUCUUUCGGACCGUUCGAGAGAUAACAGGUUUCUUGAACAUACAGUCAUGGCCUCCAAACAUGACUGACUUCAGUGUUUUUUCUAACCUGGUGACCAUUGGUGGAAGAGUACUCUACAGUGGCCUCUCCUUGCUUAUCCUCAAACAACAGGGCAUCACUUCUCUACAAUUCCAGUCCCUGAAGGAAAUCAGUGCAGGAAACAUCUAUAUUACUGACAACACCAACCUAUGUUAUUAUCAUACCAUUAAUUGGACAACACUCUUCAGCACUAUCAACCAAAGAAUAGUGAUCCGGGACAACAGAAAAGCUGAAAACUGUACUGCUGCGGGAAUGGUGUGCAACCAUCUGUGUUCAAGUGAUGGCUGCUGGGGACCUGGCCCAGACCAAUGCCUGUCCUGCCGUCGCUUCAGCAGAGGAAGGAGCUGCAUAGAGUCUUGUAACCUCUAUGAUGGUGAAUUUCGAGAGUUUGAGAAUGGCUCCAUCUGUGUGGAGUGUGACCCCCAGUGCGAGAAGAUGGAAGACGGCAUCCUCACAUGCCAUGGACCGGGACCUGAUAACUGCACAAAGUGUUCCCAUUUUAAGGAUGGCCCGAACUGUGUGGAAAAAUGUCCAGAUGGCUUGCAGGGGGCAAACAGUUUCAUUUUCAAGUAUGCUGAUCAGGAUCGAGAGUGCCAUCCAUGCCAUCCAAACUGCACCCAAGGGUGCAUAGGCUCACGUAUUGAAGACUGCAUCGGCCUGAUGGAUAGGUGUAGCGGCCCCACUAGUCAUGACUGCAUUUACUAUCCUUGGACGGGCCAUUCCACUUUACCACAACAUGCUAGAACUCCUCUAAUUGCAGCUGGAGUCAUCGGUGGGCUCUUCAUCCUGGUCAUCGUGGGUCUAACAUUUGCAGUUUAUGUUAGAAGGAAGAGUAUCAAAAAGAAAAGAGCCCUGAGAAGAUUUCUGGAAACAGAGUUGGUAGAACCCUUAACUCCCAGCGGCACAGCACCCAAUCAAGCUCAACUGCGUAUUUUAAAAGAAACUGAGCUCAAAAGAGUGAAAGUACUUGGCUCGGGAGCUUUUGGAACAGUGUAUAAAGGUAUUUGGGUACCUGAAGGAGAAACAGUAAAGAUUCCUGUGGCUAUUAAGAUUCUUAAUGAAACAACUGGUCCCAAAGCCAAUGUGGAGUUCAUGGAUGAAGCUUUGAUCAUGGCAAGUAUGGACCAUCCACACUUAGUCCGGUUAUUGGGUGUGUGUCUGAGCCCAACCAUUCAACUGGUUACACAGCUUAUGCCCCAUGGCUGCCUGUUGGAUUAUGUCCAUGAACAUAAGGAUAACAUUGGAUCCCAGUUACUGCUUAACUGGUGUGUCCAAAUAGCUAAGGGAAUGAUGUACCUGGAGGAAAGACGGCUUGUUCAUCGGGAUUUGGCAGCCCGAAAUGUCUUAGUGAAAUCUCCAAACCAUGUGAAAAUCACAGAUUUUGGACUAGCUAGGCUCUUAGAAGGAGAUGAAAAAGAGUAUAAUGCUGAUGGAGGAAAGAUGCCAAUUAAAUGGAUGGCUCUGGAGUGUAUACACUACAGGAAGUUCACCCAUCAGAGUGAUGUUUGGAGUUAUGGAGUUACCAUAUGGGAACUGAUGACCUUUGGAGGAAAACCCUAUGAUGGAAUUCCAACCAGAGAAAUCCCGGAUUUAUUAGAGAAAGGAGAACGUUUGCCCCAGCCUCCUAUCUGCACUAUUGACGUUUACAUGGUCAUGGUCAAAUGCUGGAUGAUUGAUGCAGACAGUAGACCUAAAUUUAAGGAACUGGCUGCUGAAUUUUCGAGGAUGGCUCGAGACCCUCAAAGAUAUCUAGUUAUUCAGGGUGAUGAUCGCAUGAAGCUUCCCAGUCCAAAUGACAGCAAGUUCUUUCAGAAUCUCUUGGAUGAAGAGGACCUGGAAGAUAUGAUGGAUGCUGAGGAAUACCUGGUCCCUCAGGCUUUCAACAUCCCACCUCCCAUCUAUACUUCCAGAGCAAGAAUUGACUCAAAUAGGAGUGAAAUUGGACACAGCCCUCCUCCUGCCUACACCCCCAUGUCAGGAAACCAGUUUGUAUACCGAGACGGGGGGUUUGCUGCAGAGCAAGGAGUGCCUGUGCCGUACAGAGCCACGACCAGCACAAUCCCAGAAGCUCCAGUUGCUCAGGGGGCUACAGCCGAGAUUUUUGAUGACUCCUGCUGCAACGGCACCCUACGCAAGCCAGUGGCACCCCAUGUUCCAGAGGAUAGCAGCACCCAGAGGUACAGCGCUGACCCCACGGUGUUUGCCCCAGAACGGAGCCCACGAGGAGAGCUGGAUGAAGAAGGUUACAUGACUCCUAUGCGAGAUAAACCUAAACAAGAAUACCUGAACCCUGUGGAAGAAAACCCUUUUGUUUCUCGGAGAAAAAAUGGAGACCUUCAAGCUUUGGAUAAUCCCGAAUAUCACAAUGCUUCCAACGGUCCUCCCAAGGCAGAGGAUGAGUAUGUGAAUGAGCCACUAUACCUCAACACCUUUGCCAACGCAUUGGGGAAUGCCGGGUACCUGAAGAACAAUGUACUGUCUGUGCCAGAGAAGGCCAAGAAAGCAUUCGACAACCCUGACUACUGGAACCACAGCCUGCCACCCCGGAGCACCCUUCAGCACCCAGACUACCUGCAGGAGUACAGCACAAAAUAUUUUUAUAAACAAAAUGGACGGAUCCGGCCUAUUGUGGCAGAGAAUCCUGAAUACCUCUCUGAGUUCUCGCUGAAGCCAGGCACCGUGCUGCCUCCUCCACCCUACAGACACCGAAACACUGUGGUGUAAGCUCAGCGGUGGCUUUAAGAUAGAGACACGCCCGCUCCAAUUUCCCUGCCGCCUCUCUUUCUCUUAUGGUCUUCCUUCUAUUCCCAAGGCCAGUAGUUUUGACACUUCCCAGUGGAAGAUAUAGAGAUGCAAUGAUAGUCAUGUGCUCAUCUAACUUGAACAUUAGAAGGAAGAACUGAAAGAGAAAGACAGGAGGAACCACACUGUUUCUUCAUUUCUCUGCAUGGGUUGGUCAGGAGACUGGAACAGCUAGGGAAGGACCAGCAAAUAUAAGGCAAUACUGCCUGCUGUCAAGCUAGUUCUCAACUUUUUCCUUUUUUUGUCUCUUUUUCUUUCUUCUUUCUUUCUUUCUUUCUUUCUUUCUUUCUUUCUUUCUUUUCUUUCUUUUCUUUCUUUCUUUCUUUCUUUCUUUCUUUCUUUCUUUCUUUUAACGCAGAUGCUUGAAAGACCCAUGCUAUCUGUUCCUAUCUACAGGAACUGAUGUGUACAUUUACAGUAACUUUGGAAAUCCUAAUAAAGUUUCCAUUAGAAAAAAAAGGAUAAACUUUUCUGUAACAUAUGAUAGUAACUGAGAUUGAAAAUCUAGUUUGUUUCUUCAACACUUUCUAUCCUGACAAGCAAGAAUGGCCAACUCAGCUUCCAUAAUUUUUAGAUCUCUCUCAAAGUUAUAGCUAGUAAUUAUGUUUGGAGGGUUUUGUUUUGCUUUGUUUCGGUCUGUCCUUUUAUAUUACUUUUAUUCCUAUAUUUUGACUUUACUUUCUAAUUGCAAAUAUUUUUACAUCAAUGUUUCUCAUGUGUUGCUAUAAAUUGACAGCAUUGUAAAAAAUAUUUUAAUAUGGUGGAAUGGCCAUUAUUUUAAAUAUUAUAGUCUUUAAAAUUAGAAGGGGAGGCCAAGAUAUUAGUCAAAUGUAAUGUAAAUCUAUUGAAUAUGUACCCCUCACAUCCUCUACACUCGUCAACAUUUUCUUCUCCAUAAAUGACAGUACUCAAUAGGCAGUUGGAAUAUAAAGAGUUAAAGGGAAACUAAGAGACAGUUCUGUGUGGUUCAUGAAAACUACUGACACUUUCAGGGGUGGUCCAAUGGGGAAUCCAUUGAACUGGAAGAGACACACUGGAUUGGGUAUGUCUACUUGACAGAAACUCAGAAAUGUAGUUUGCACUUAAGCUAUAAUUUUAUUUGUUCUCUUUCUGAACUCCAUUUUGGAUUUUGAAUGAAGCAAUAUGGAAGCAACCAGCAAAAUAACUAAUUUAAGUACAUUUUUAAAAGAGCUAAGAUAAGGAAAGACUGUGGAAAUGCCAAACCAAGCAAAUUAGGACUUUGGAACAGUAUCAAGAGAAUAUGGUGAGAGGUCCAGCACAUUAUCUACAAGUGAUAUCAUAUUUGCUACGCAAAGAAAAUUAUCCAGUUUGUAUACUCCACAUGAAGGAAUGCAAGUAAGGAUUGGCUUGAUUCCAUGGAAUUUCUAGUAUGCGACUCUAUUUAUAUUAAGUAGAAGGUAACUCUUUGCACAUAAAUUGGUAUAAUAAAAAGAAAUACACAAACAUUUGCAGUUUAUAGAUAGGUUCUUGGGUCAAAAGUUGUAAAUAAAGGUGAAAAAUUUCUCAUGUAAUUAUUUUAAUAUCCAACAUACUAAUCUUUUGAUACUUUGUAUAAUAACACUCUCUUCUAACACAUCAUCCUACUUCUAGAACCAUCUUUUUAUGUAUCUUUUUAAAAGAAUACCUACUGAGUUAAGAUGAGCAAUGUGAACAAAUAGUAGGAAUGAGUCUCCAGGAACAAGAGACCUAAUAAGGUCAACAGUUAGGAAAAUUGGGUAGUCUCUCUAGGAAAAUCUGUGUGGGCAAUCAUUAGGAUUAUUUUUUUUUCCCAAUGUUAAAAUGUUGGGAUCAAAUUCAAGUAUAUUACCAAAAAGAAAGCAACAAGACUAAAAAUCUCCAUUGGUAAAACAGAGUUUAGAGAGAGAAAAAAAUGGAAAGAGAUUUAGGUUUCUGCCUGUUUUGAAAAAGUAAAUCAAUCCAUCCAUUCAACACCCUUAUUUUUCAACUGAUAUUUAUUUAGAGUCUACUAAAAGCACUGUGUAAAUGGGGAACAUCAACAUAAAUACAAUAUUAUCCCUAACUUAAUGAUUUUAAGUCUGGAUUUAUUUGGAAUGACAUUUGAAUUUCCCCAUAAGUCCAAGGAAUAAGAUUUUAUGGACUAUUUUGUGAGUGGUCAUCAUAAAAUCAGUUGUUUGUUAGAAGAUCUCCCAUGAAUCCAUUUGAAACAUGAAUUAAACAACCUACAAGUUACUGAAGUUGACUAAUACGACCGUUUCAGUGUUACCAUCCAAACACGUACUGGUCUAGAAGGAUAUUGCCUCACUGGCUAAUUGGCCUAUCUGGAUUCUCAGUCAACAGCAGGUUUUUGGUCUUUGGCCAAGAACUUUGGAGGUGCUGGAACUGGUUUCUUACUAAGUUAUGAGAAAUCAGGUAAGCUAUAAGAGUGAAAUAGAGCAAGGGAGAGGUUUGUAAGAACCCUUCCAGUGAUGUUCAACCAUGAACUUUUCAGGGCUGAAGACACGGAAUGACUCAGGGGCUAAAGCCCAACAUCUUCAAACUUUCCCACUCAUUUAGAGGAGUCUCCAGAGGAAGGGGACUUCACAUCAGUUCUUAUGAACAUUUGGAAAUAAGCCUCCCUUUCUAGAUAAAUCUAUAACAACUUACGACUGACAGCACCCUUGUUGGAUACUAGAACUUGAUUUUUUUUUCUUCUGAUUUGCUAUAUUCAUAUGAUUUUUACUGGGAUAUGGAAAAAAGAAUCACUUAUUUUGAGAAGGAAAGAAAAAUAAAUGUUUUACUGUGAAGGUAAUAGAAUGUAUUCAGUGAUGUAGUCUCUAUUCUGAGAACACAAAACACUUACACAUCAGGUAGUCUACCACUAAUAACUAGAAAUAGAUUCAAGUAUAACCCAAGAUGACCCAAAAUGCUUCACAAAAACUUUUUUUCUUUUGAAUGCUUUCUGUAGUACAUCUUUGAUUUCAGUUGUUUUAGAAUUUCUCUUUUGUUUUGUUUUUGUCUCCUAGAAAAACAUACUUGAGAGUGAAUGAAAGGAAGAAAAAACUAGUUUUAUCUGUUCUAAAACAAUAACUUAUUCAACCCAGUAGAAUGAAAUUUUAAAAUGCCAAUUGAAGCCUGCAAAGGACAUCAGGAUAUCAAAUACCAGAAGCUGAUUGUAUCAAUGCAAAUAUGCAAAACCAAUUAAGAAAAUUAGUAGUAAAAUUACACAGACUAUAUUUGUUUAAAUCACCAAAUUUUGUAGCCUAGCCUAUCUUGGGGAAUCCUAUUUACAGUCAAGGAAACACUGUACAACUAAAUGGUUGCUUAAAGAACCAUUCUUUAAUUCUUAAAUGAGAAAAGAUGUUCUCUAGACUAGACCCAGAACCACAAAGCGUCCUGCACCAUAAAGAGGUGCUUGGAUGGCUGAGUAACAUUUGGUUUUCCAAAUUUUAGUGGCAUGGGUUAGGAUGAGGGUUCUUUCUCAAGUAAUAUUCUUGAAAGAGAAUGAAAACAAAAAUACAAGCUGAAAUCUCAUUAACAUGUACAAACUAAAAAGAAGAGAUUCUUCCUUAGUAGAUCGGGAAGAAUGACUGAACAUUUGUAUGUUGAGAUGCAGAAAAGAAGAGACAGUGUUCUAAGUGUUACAAUGUACGUAUCAAAUCCUUCUAAAAGCAGCAUGUGACAUGGAAAGCAUGCAUAUUCCCAAUGCCAAGGACAAACCAGUAGAAGAACUGGGAGGUUCUGCUGCUAGAUGAAGUCAGAGGGGCUAUCAAUGUGCCCCUCACUUUCUGAAGUGUCAAAGUGAAAAGAAAAAAAAAAUAAGAUUGUUUAAGCCCGACAGGGAAGGAUGUAAAUACAUGUUUUCUAGAACUAUCUAACCUUUAUUUCAAAACUUGAAUUAUUCAUCCAUCUAUAAAUGUUGAUUAUUUAACUAGUAUGUAGUUCAUAAGGUAAUAGAAAAGGUGAUCAUGAGAGCAUGUAUAUAACUGGGCAAAACCAUGAUAAUGCUGUAAGACGUAGAUUUAGUUAGGUUUUCAGAAAAUAAAUGAUUUUAAUAUUAUUAAAUAAAUCAAACUAGAAAACUAACCACAGAAUAUUAUGUAACAAAAUAAAAUGCAGGAUAUGAAAAUGUAGGAUGGAUUUUGCAUAGUAUAAGUUUGCCACUUAAAAUUGUUAUUUGUUAGGUUUAGCUGAAAGUAGGCAUAUAAAGAGCUGGUUCCACUUGUGAAAACUUGAUUUAAAGCGUUGCAAUUAAAUGUUUUUCUCAUUCUCUUAUUCUUUUACCAUUUUUAAUUGUAUUAAGUGUAAGAGAAAAAAAAUUUAAUUUUUUUUUGCAAACACCACCUUGCAGAGUUUAACAGGCAAAUAUGUUACGUGACUUUAAGUAAGAGGUCUUCAAAAUGAAGUAAAGGGAAUGUGAAUGUUCUAUUACCUUAUGCAGAGACAAAGACUGAGUGGUGCCAUUUAGUAAGCAAACAAAAUACAUUUAAUUUGUAAAAUGUCCAUUUUUCCCACGAUACCCUCCCAUUUUCAAAAACAAAAAGAAGCAAUUAAUUGACAAAUUUUUGAUAACUAAUGCUAAACGAAGCAUUUCAAACUGCUGUAGUUCCAUUAUUUUGGACUCUAGUUAUUAGACCAAUGAUUUUUAAUAUUGCAGACAAGAAGUCCAGGUGUAUAAAAUUCUAGUUGUGAGAAAUCCAGAUAAACUAACUUCUACUGUAUAUGCUAUAGGCAAGAAAAUUCUGCUGUUCCUCCAACUGUGUAUAUGGACUUCGAAGGGCAGCCUUGAGUCCAUACAGACACUGAAAGCAGACUCAUAUCUCCUGAUUGCCAUUUGCAUAAGAACGAAUGACAUUAUAUAGUUGUAGGUUAGGUGUGAUUUUAAAAUAACAGUUAUUAGUGGGACCUUGAUUUUACUGAUAUCACAGUGGGGAUAGCUUUUGUACAUCUGGGUAGAAUGAAUAUAAUUUUUCUAAUCCCAGAGAUGCCUUUGCAAGAGUAGUUCUCUCCAUACUUGCCAGCAUGAAGCUAUUGUGGGCAUGAUGUUGGGUCAAGGAACCCUUGUGUUUGUAUGGACAGAUGGCUUUUAACACCAUGGGCUGCUUCAUUCUUUUCAUUAAAAGGAAAGUCUCUAGAAAAUAGUCAAAAUAUCAGAUAACUCUGUUUAAGUCCCGCUGAUUUUGUAGAGGUACAAAAAUGUAGAAUGUGUCACUUUUGCAGACUCCUGCCUCACCUCUUUCUAGCCAGGUGAUAUUUUGGGCAGAAGAAAAUGCUUUUCUUUCAAUUAUGAGCUGAAAACACUCUAAGCCCCAACCUCUUGGGGUGUCUCCUGCUUACGUUGGAAAAUAUUCCUUGACAGCUUUGCAAGUAAGCGAUUAUCUUGUUAGGAACACAGAAAAAGUAAUAUCUCUCUAGACCUUAAAGAAAAAGACCACCCUUACUUCUUUCCGCAUUGUCACAGCCACCUCUGUUCUCUUCACCUGUCUACAACCUUAAUUCAAAGUGGCCCUCUUGAUGCUGUACCUCUGUGAAGCCAUAGUGGGUCUCUUAGGUCCCACAUGUUGCUUUGUGAAAUACUGACUUAGCCUCUGCCCUCAAAUGCCUGACUUCUCUGUAAAAGAUUCUAGCAAUGCAGACAUUGUUUAAAUGUCUUCUCAAAUCGAUUACUGCACAGAGUAUGCUUUAUGAUAUUAAAAUUAUUUUUUCCCAUAAAGACCAAUUCUCUUACUAUAUCCUUCUCUGCAGAAACUUGAGUCGAGUCAGCCCAGUGAUGAAUCUUGAAAUUUACAUAUGUGCACAUACACUUGGUAGGUCUUAGAUUUAAUCUUUUCAUAGAAAACUUACACAUGAGAAGUUAGUUUUGCAAGCAAUUAACUUAUUUACCUUACAUAUUUAUUUUAUUCCUGAUCGCAAAUGUUUUACAGCUGCUGUAACUUUUUUUUCACAAACGAAGAGUCUUAUUAUCAAACAGGUAAAGGUUAUUCAGCUUUGAGAACCACCUGCCAUUCCUUAUUGGAUCAUUCAUCUAUCUGACAAAUACAUAAUGAGGGCAGUUUCACUGAAAUGAAAAUCCAUGUAGUCUAAUAAGUUGCCACUUUUUUCUCCACUUUUAGUCUUUAAGGACAUUUUUAUUUCAAUGCUCUAAUGAAUUUUCCCAUAUGAUGAGAAGUGGUUAUAUUUGUACAAAUACACAAAUAUCAGAAAACAAAGUUUCAUACCUGUAGGUAAUAGUCUAACCUGUCCAAACCACUUUGCCUUUACUGCUAUUUUUUUAUCCCUGAUGUGAUGUUUCCCCCAGGCCUGCAGCUCUCUUGAAAGAAAUCAUACCUCCUAUAUAUUGACAUAAACUGGUUCUUGAAUACCAUUUCCAGAUUCUUCAGUUAAUGGGGGUUGUUCCUUUUCCCUAAUGUGAGAGUCGUUUUCCUGUAUAUUUCUGGAUCUCUCAGGGGAUGGGAGGGGGGGAGUGAGGGGAUGACACCAUAGCACUCCAAGAAUCCUUUUGGGAUUACUCCAGUAAUCAAGUAUGGAAGUUAUUUUCUAAAUGUAGAUAUGUAAGUGGUUCUUUUAAAGUAAGGUACUUUGAAAAAUGUAGCAUAAAUUGGUACUGCUGUUAAAUGGGUCGAUUAUUAAACUGAGCAGCUGUGUGAGGGCAGCUAACUUUGAAUGCACACCUCACUGGCUGGUGUGUCUACACUUCCUGUUGUGAGCACCAGGGACUUGCAUCGCUGCAUGUCGAAACUACAUCUUUACAUGGUAUAUGACUAGUUGUUCAUCUCUUUCUUAGGCACCAUUAUAACAAGAUCAAAUGGAAGUGAGAUCAAUUUGCAAGACAAAUCAUAGCACAAAAAAAUAAGUCAUGUUAAAUCUUCUCUCAAACACUCAUCUCAUACAUGCAUCCAAGUAGUUGACUAAGAUCAGUUCAGGUGAUAAAGGGAGACAUUUCACAGAAAAGGCAGAGGCUUAAGGUAUUAUAUACAUUCGUAUUCAUUUCCUUAUGUUCUUAACUUGUAAACAGAAAACAAGCCCUCUCUCUCGUGAAGUAUCUUCAGAGGAUAGGGGUGCAAAAAUACCUAGCUGGUAAGCCAUUGAUGUUUCAUUUAAAUCCCAGUGUUCAAAGUUAGCUGCCUUUUUGAAAUAAACAAACAAAAAUUACUACUGUAUGUUUGAAAAUGUGAAUAGUAUUUUUAUAGCUUGUUAAAGACAUGGCUAGUUGCAUUGUAAAUAAGGGUCAUGUUGCUUUGAUUUUUUUUUUUUUUUUUGUGGACAUCUUUAUUUGGGACAUAAUGUCUUUAGGAUUGAUUUGUAUAUAAGUAAUUGGCUUGUGAUUGUUUCCUUUUGGUUGGAAGUUAUCAUUUUGACAUUACUUGUGAUUCUGUGUUCAGCGCUAUUGUGAUGUGUUCAACCUCUGCACUCGCUUACACAAUAGGAGAUGCCAAUUGUGUGUGGUGUAAUGUUAUUUUGAUUUUUUUCUAUUUUAUCUAUGAAGGAUUAUGCACUUAACACAUACUAACUUUUUUAAUGUUAGGUAUAUUUUAGUAUAAUUUCCCUUAUUCUUUCUUCUCCACCAACCCUUCACCCCAUUCUCCUUUCCUGCCCCCAAUUUCUGUUGUUAUUUGAGAAUGAGGGACAAACAGUAUUUUAAAUUUCUGUAAUUAGGCUUUUCAGUUAGUUCUCAAGGAUCCUCUCUUGGCUCUUGGGAAAGGAUUGUACCUGUACAAGGCAAUUAUAGAAUGCGACCUGCUUUGCCUCAUUCCAUACUGAUCAUCCCAGCUGAACAAUUUGAAAACUGUUCUGCCUUUUUGUUACAUGAAUCUGUCAGAAAUAUAUUUUUAAUUUAAUAUAAAUGAAAUUCAAUAAAAUAUGAAACAAAUGUU